AUGUUUGAAGAGGCUGAUGUUCGAAAAUACAAGUCCAGGGCCCUGUGGAAGUGGCCUGGGAGCGCUGACGGCCAUCAGAAAUACAGAGCUAUCCUGAAGAAGGAAAAGCGGAAAAAAAAGCGCCAGGCACUUGCUAAACUCAGAGAUUCAGAAGCUACAGAAAAAGAUGAAUCAAUGUCUGAGGAGGAAGAAGAUGAACUGGAAGAGGAGGCGGAAGAAGAGGAAGAAGAAGAAAAAAAACUUGAGGCAGAAAGACAAAAACUACAUGAGCAGUGGUUGCAAAGAGAAGAAAAGGCCCAAGAAGAGUUCAAACUUAAGAAAGAAAAAGAAGAGGCUGCAAGAAAACGUCAGGAAGAAGAAGAGAGAAAGAUCAAAGAAGAAUGGGAAGAACAGCAAAGAAAAGCGAGAGAAGUAGAACAGCAGAAGCAACAGCAGAAGAGAGAAAGAGAGGCGGCAGUGCAGAAGAUGCUGGAUCAAGCUGAAAGCCAGCUGGAGAAUGGUAUUUCCUGGCAUAACCCAGAGCCCCCAGAGAAUAUAGGAACCGAGAAGGACAGAGCAAAUUGCCCCUUCUAUAUUAAAACUGGUUCCUGCCGAUUUGGAGACAGGUGUUCCCGCAAGCAUAACUAUCCCACCUCCAGUAAGACGCUGCUCGUCCGAGGGAUGUUCCUCACUUUCGGCAUGGAGCAGUGCCGGAGAGACGACUACGACACGGACGCGAGCCUCGAAUACAGCGACGAGGAGACCUACCAGCAGUUCCUGGAGUUUUACGAGGACGUUCUCCCCGAGUUCCAAAACGUGGGCAAGGUCGUUCAGUUCAAGGUCAGCUGCAACUACGAGCCUCACCUGCGAGGGAACGUGUACGUGCAGUACCAGACGGAGAAGGACUGCCAGGCGGCGCUGGCGCUCUUCAGCGGGCGCUGGUACGCGGGGCGACAGCUGCACUGCGAGUUCUGCCCCGUGACCCGGUGGAAGACGGCCAUCUGCGGCCUGUUUGAAAGGCAGAAGUGUCCACGAGGGAAACACUGCAACUUUCUUCAUGUAUUCAAAAACCCGAACAAUGAUUUCUGGGAGGCCAACAGAGACAUCCGCGCCUCUCCCGAGCGGACUAACCAGUUGUCUAAGAACUCUGAGAGGAGAAGCAGAGCGAGCCACCGGGACGACUACUACAGCCGGUCGAGGAGAAGGGGCAGCCCCAGCCCAGAACAUUCGUACCGGAGAAACGGGGAGUCUGAGAGGAAAAAGAACAGCCGCAAAAGCAAGAAGAGGCACCGCUCCGGCAGGUCGAGAAGUCGGGAGAGGAGGAGAUCCCGCAGCAGAGGGAGGAGGAGGAGAGGCCGCAGCCGCAGUCACAGUCGAACCCGCAGCAGGAGCAGAAGUCGCAGUUCGUCUCGAUCCAGGAGCAGGGGUAAAAAGAGAUCGAGCAGCAGAGGCAAAAAUAGUGAGACUCCUAAAACAAAGUGAGAAUUACUUUUAGAAAUUGCUAAUUGAUCAAACUUAGAGCUGACUAAUUUUUCCAAUAGGGCGCCAGAUAUAUUUGGGUUACAAAUAAAGUGUUCUUGCACAUUAAAAUCAGUUUCUUCCUAAUAAAGGAACCUAGUUUAUUGUGUGCUAAGCUUCAGAAAAACUAAAAAGUUUAAGUCCUUUUUAAGGUGUGAAUGUCAAGUACUCUAGCUACUCUGUCCCUCUGAACUACUGCAACAUCUGGGUGCAUUUGAGUACCAAACAGAAAGAGAAGUAAAGCUUAUUUGGUACGUGCUUACUCCUGUGUUACGUGUGUGUUAAGUGUUCACUGUCCCCAUAAGGAGUUAGUUCGGGACAGCCCGUGUGCUGUAAAUUGUCACCUCAGCACACUGCAAAGUGAAGUCUGUAGAAGACAGCCCUGUGUAUUUGCCUAUGUUUAUGGGAACUCUUGUUCUAGACAAAGUAAAUAUAAUUGUGUUAGGAGCUGGAGAAAUGGAAUUUAAAGCUCCAGCACAGAAGAAGCUUCAGUUUUAUUGUACGGAACUUGCCCAGUAGGAGCUUUGUGGUCACAACUGUUGGAUUAUUCUCUCUCCCGUGACUGAGCUGCUGAGCUAACUGCCUGUGAGGAUUGUGGGAAGCCAACAUUGCCUCGGAGGCACACCGAAGAAUAAUCACUUUAUUUAGUACCUUAAUCCCCGAGAAUGGAGACCACACACUUGUAAUGCCAGAGUGAAAAUAGAAAAAAUACUCCCUGUUGCAUAGCAUUUGUUGUUGAAAACAACCCCUGUAACUUGUGAUGCAGUAGUGGAAAAAGUGUAAGUAACUGGAGAUGCAAAUGUAGUAGUAAAAGCUAAAGAUGAUUGUAAUGAUCUUGCAGAGUGGCUAAAGAAACUGAAGGAUUUAUACCUGAUUUUAUUUUAUUCUAUUUUAUUUUUUUUUUUGGUGGGAGGACUGGGUUUUGAGGUGKUUUUUAAGACUUAUUUUACAUAUAAGUUCAGGCACCCUACCACCUAUCUUCCCUGCAGUCAAGAUGGUGAGUGGGGUACAUAAAAAUGAUGUUAUCGGACAAAAACGUUUUUGAAGUGACAGCUACGUGCAGAGUAACUGCGCUUAGCAAAGUCCUCAUAAGCAGUUCUUCGGUUUUUUGAAUGAAAGGUCUGUGCUGUUAAGUGAACUGUACUGCGCCCUGCUUGAUGGCAGGCAUUUACCUUGGGCACCUGAGCAUCCCGAUGCCGUGGGAGAGGGGAGCGAGUGUCUGCAGGAGGCGUGUGGGGCACCCGGGCAGCCCCCAACUGUCCGCGGAGGAACCUCCCUCUCCUCAGCCCCUCCAAAGAACUUCAGGUGGGUGCAGCUGAGACCGCCCGAGUUAGAAGCCUCAAGCAGGCAGGAAAUACUCCCAAAUAGGUAUUUCUUAGGACUUCAACAGUAGAGCGUAAAUUCCGGUGGAAAUCUGGAUAUCCAAGCUUCAUUACAGCAUUCCUCACAGCAGAUUUUUUUUUUUCCCCCCAAAGAUGGAUAGAGUGAACAUUUGCUUCUGGUUAUAUAAAUAUAUAUAUAUAUAUUUUUGCUUUUCUAAAUGCUUACUGCACCUAGCAUGCUGAUUAUACAUUUUUCCUUCUUUCAUGUGUAACUGUUGUCCACUAUGGAGUAAUACAAUGGAAGUGCUAUAUAUAGAUGUUCAGUUCAAGCUCAACUUUCACUAUAUAUUGUCAUAACCGUAGGCAGAACUGUAGCUUAGUUAAUUUGAUUAAAUGUUUUAGUUAUUAACAGGUGUAGA